GCUUGCACAAAGCGCAGCUUUUUAAUCGCGCCGUAAGCUUUACAGAUAUGCAUUACCACGACUUUAAAUUUAACACAAGCCAACUAUGUUUGUAAAAAUAGGAGGCACACGUAUGACGUGAGAUAGGUCACAUGCUCAUACAGUUGAAACUGUUAGCGGCUGACGCCGAAAAACCUGUCUAGCGGAUACGAAACGAUCACCACAAGGGCGAAAUGGCUUCUGAGACUGAGAAAAGACAGCCAAAGAUUGAAAUAGAGCGCUUUGAAUCUGGGACUAACAAAGACGACGUUCCCACUGCAGACGACCACUCACCACUGUCUUGUGUACGUGUAGAUACACAACGGUAUGUGAACGAAACAAGAAAGGCUCCUCCCUCGGAUACAAAGUAUGAUGGCGGCAACAGGAAGAAGCUGGUUGUGUUAACAGGGGCCUACUAUGGCGCAUUUGUGGCACUUGGAUUUCCGUUCGCCUUCGGGGCUCUCUACAAUGACAUACUGGAUACAUUUAAUUCGACGAGAGGAGAAACAUCUCUGGUGCCAGCGUUUUGUAUAGGAUGCACGUUUGGUAUUGGUUUCCUGAGUGGGAUCUUCAUCAAGAUAUUUGGGAUGAAGACCGUGAUGACAGCUGGAGGAUUGGUCAGCUCAUUAGGGUUAUUCACAAGCUGGUUCGCCCAGUCCGUUGCGCAUCUCAUAGUUACUGCUGGCGUUAUGAAUGGGAUUGGAAACAGUUUCAUCUUCAUAUCCACCACAACACUGGUUGCAGGUACAUUCAACAAGCCCCGAACUCGGAGUAUUGCACUGGCAGGAAUUAUGUUCAGUGGUGGAGUAGGAACUGUUGUAUUCCCGUACAUAAUCACUGGACUCAAGAGUGUUUACGGAUUGCGAGGAACCCUUCUGUUGAUCAGCUGCUUUUAUCUUCAAACCAUCCUUUCAACAUUGGUCAUAACAUCCAGUGUUGGGAAUCAGCAGUUCUUCAAAAGCCAACCAAUUAAAGACCACGUUACGGGGAAAGACUCCAAAUCCAACUGGAGGCAAAUGCUGAGACCAAUCUUCAAAUCCUUCGUGAUUACAUCAUGCCUUUCAUUUGGAGCAGCAAACAACAUCAGUGGUAUUUUAUCGGAUCUGACUAAAAGUAGAGGAUUCUCUGAGGAAAGCGGGCUAGCACUGAUACUUUACUUCAACUCAUUCAACACAAUGGCUCGGCUUUUGGGUGGCAUUCUGAAGCUUAUACCUGGACUCCAUAGUGUCAUCAUAUUCACAUUGUCCGCAGCUCUUCAUGGCCUCGCGUUGAUAAUUCUGGGAGCAACCUCCGACUGGGUGGUUUCGGCAGUGUUGAUAUCAGCAGCUGGGGCUGGCAUGGGCGGGAUGAUAAGCAUGCUUCCCGUCGUCCCACUGGAGGUCCUUUCGCAGGAAAUGCUACCGUUCGGCCUCGGGUUCUGUGGGAUGAUGAAUGGUGCUGUCACUCCAGUAGUGGGGGCAGUUAUGGGUUUGAUGUUUGACAACAUGGGAUCGUAUGAAGUUCCGUUCUACGUCUUUGGAAGCAUAGCCAUUGGAGCAGCGGCGUUGACGAUAGUCGUGUUUACAUCAGUAGAAUGUCGAUCCAAGAAACAGUGCCUUAAUUCUAUGAUAAGACUGUAGUCUACAAGCAGCAGUUGGCAAUGAACAACGAUUGUUUUUUAAGUCAUCACUACUUCUGUAGAAAAGUACCUUUGUGUCAACUAGAGAUAUGUGACCUGGCUGAUUGUGUGUCUUGGUGCUGAUUGGUCGUUGAUCAUGUUUGUAAACACCGGUUUUCCUGGCAUCCACUACGACUAGGUAAACGACUGUGCUGAAAUACCGCCACCUGCGUCAAGUGUCCAUCUGUCUGUAGAGCUAUCGUGGUUUUCGGAUACUUUUUCUUACCACUGACACACACACAGCCAUGUCAAACGUCUUAACUUGUGUUCAAUGUUGAAUUACUCCAAUGCCUUGAGUUUUGACAAAUCAUCUAUGAUUUCAAUUCCCUGAUUAUCUAAUUGAAUAGAAAGUGAGUACUUUGUGGACGGAAUAUAUGGAUAAAAAUAACUCAAACAUUAUCACGACUUAAAUAACCAAAUGACCGAAUCGUUUGCAAAAUGAAUUUAACAAUCGCCAGAUGCAUUUUGGAAAAUAUUUAAUAAAAAGGUAAAACUGAAAACAAAUUCAUACCGGACAUUUCCAGAUGCUUGGAUGCUUAUAACAAUAUAUACCAGAAACUCCUCACCACCGUGGGGCUUUAUAUGUUAUUUGUUAGACGGAAAAGUUAGACAAAGUAACUGAUGUGGUAAUGUAAAGACCGACUGUAAAUCAUUUACAGUACUUUUAUAUACUGGAGUCCUUCACUUAGUAUUCAAUCGGCAUUUUCAUUGUAUCCUGGUUAACGGGCACUUAAAACCCCCGCUCAUAUACAAAACUACAGGUGGUCCGUUUGAUCCAAAUUAAUUUUGACAGAUGUUUUGGGAAGGUUUUCUUCUCAAUGCAUUCCCAAUGCCUCAUUAAUUCUUGUAUUUUAUUUUUGCAGAAAAUAAUCGCUUAACAUUAGCGCAAGCUUCAUUUAGAAAGAAGUUACUAUUGAACGACCGAUAAUGUUUUUGUAAUCCAAAUGUUCACGCAGAUACAAGGAAACCCCUAAACACGGCACAGCGUAUCUUCAUAGGCGAUAUAAAGCAACUUACUGAGUCUGAACUGGAUAAUAGGAAUAUACCUAUGUGACAAAAACUGCUGAAUAGAUCCCAUGUGAAUCACGUGCACGAUCUUAUAUUUUCAUUUUUUUUUAAAUGAGCGGGCAUUACCUAUAUUAGGUUGUCCAUAUGCUGAUGACACUAUAUUAUUAAAUGAAAAUCCCCAUUUUAUAUAUGUAUGGUUUAAACAUUACCGUUUGAGGCACUUAAGAAUCUUUGUCUGUGAA